AUGUUCUACACAAUGUGGUUUGAAGAGGAUGUAAAGAUUCCGUUGAGUAGCGAAAUGAAAGAGAAGGAGGUUUUUGAAGUGUUGAAGAGGAAGUAUGUUGGUAAGAUUAUUGAAGGGUUUGGUAUAUGUGUGGUGAUUACUGAAUGUGCAAGAGUUGAGGAGUAUCAGGUUUAUGAUGAGUUUCUGGCAGCACAUGCAAAGUUUGAGAUGCUUUUAUUCAAGUUCUUUAGGGAUGAAGUAAUGUAUGGCGAGAUUCUGGAGCAGAAUAGUGAAGGGAUCCGAGUAGGAAUAUCAUUUUUUGAUGAGAUACAGGUGAAGAAGGAUAAUCUAGCUGAGGGUUCUGAAAUGGUGUAUGUGAGCGAUGGAGGAGAGAAGAAGGCAGCAUGGGUGUGGAUUUAUAAAGGCAAUCGGUUUUACUUGCGUAGGAAGUCAAAGGUACGUUUGAGAGUGCUGUGGGACUGUACUGAUGGAUGUGUGAUGUGUGAUUUCAAGGAGAUGGGCCUUGGCCCGAUUGAUUGGUGGGAGUAA